UUUUUUCGUCUACCUUUACGAGAAGAAACUGCUGGCUUGGUUGGUGCAAUUUCUAGUGAGUGUACAGGUUUAUGCCCUCUCACUUUGGUCAAGCUAACAAAAAAAAAAGAAAGCGACGAGAGCCCACCGUGAGCGAAAGCCGGCUGUCCCAGAGUGCUGUGCGGUGACGUAGUGGUGACGCUGUGCUAUGAGGAAGAGCUGUUAGUGCGGCCUGAGCUGCGCCAGCACCGCCCGAGAGCCGAAGAGCGCCUGACACAUGGUGUACCCAGAGCCGGCUCUAUAAGAGAUAUCACUCAGGACUUGUUCAUAUCACUUCUCCCCGCCAUACUAAGCGGCUGCUCCAUCCUCUCCGCCUUUACACAGCCAUGUCCGACCCUCCCGCACCAUCCUCUUCCUCCUCCGACUCUCCGAGGACUAUUAAAGUCACAGUGAAGACCCCCAAGGAGAAAGAGGAGUUCGCUGUGCCGGAGAACAGCAGCGUCAGAGAGUUCAAGGAGGACAUAUCAAAACGCUUCAAAUCCAGCACGGACCAGCUUGUCUUGAUAUUUGCUGGAAAGAUCUUAAAGGACCAAGACACACUCAGUCAGCAUGGCAUCCACGAUGGACUCACUGUCCAUCUUGUCGUUAAAACACAGAAUAGGUCACAAGCUGCUCCUGCUGCUGCUGCUGCCGCCACUACCCAACCCAGUAGCCCCAGCAGUCCAGCAUCCACUUCUACAACUUCCAGUAGCACAUCUACCAGCUCAUCCACCACAAAUGCUCCUUUUGGUUUAGGUGGCCUUGGUGGUCUGGCUGGGCUCAGUAGUAUGGGCAUGAAUUCAACAAAUUUCUCUGAGCUACAGAGCCAGAUGCAGAGACAACUUAUGUCAAACCCAGAGAUGAUGGUUCAGAUCAUGGAAAACCCAUUUGUACAGAGCAUGCUGUCUAACCCUGACUUGAUGCGGCAACUAAUUAUGGCCAAUCCACAAAUGCAGCAAUUAAUCCAGAGAAAUCCUGAAAUCAGUCACAUGCUUAAUAAUCCAGACAUAAUGCGACAAACUUUAGAACUAGCUCGAAAUCCAGCAAUGAUGCAGGAGAUGAUGAGGAAUCAAGAUCGAGCCUUAAGCAAUCUGGAAAGUAUCCCUGGAGGCUACAAUGCUCUGCGCAGAAUGUAUACUGACAUUCAAGAGCCAAUGCUUAAUGCUGCUCAAGAACAGUUUGGAGGCAACCCAUUCGCUUCACUUAUGAGCAACUCAAAUCCUGGAAAUCCACCAUCAAGGACAGAAAACCGGGAUCCCUUGCCCAACCCCUGGGCUCCUCAGUCAGGUUCAUCUUCAUCGGGAGAUGGAGGCAGCCAAACAGGCACCAACAGUGGUGGCAGCACCACCUCAACACCUGGCCCCACUUUACCUAACCUCUCUUCAAACCUAGGAGGUGCUGGGAUGUUCAAUACACCAGGUAUGCAGAGCAUGAUGCAGCAAAUAUCUGAAAAUCCCCAGUUAAUGCAAAAUAUGUUAUCUGCCCCUUAUAUGAGAAGCAUGAUGCAGUCUCUCAGCCAAAAUCCAGAUCUUGCAUCCCAGAUGAUGCAAAAUAAUCCUCUAUUUGCUGGAAAUCCUCAACUUCAAGAUCAAAUGAGACAGCAGAUGCCAACUUUCUUACAACAGAUGCAGAAUCCAGAAACUCUGUCAGCUAUGUCCAACCCUAGAGCAAUGCAAGCCUUAUUACAAAUCCAGCAGGGAUUGCAGACUUUGGCUACUGAAGCUCCUUCCCUUGUUCCAAGCUCUACUGCCUUUGGAGGUUUAGGUGGUACAGCUAGCCCACCUUCCACAACUGUGCCCACUCCUGGACCAACUGAGAACACCACUCCUUUAUCUGGAAUCUCUGAGCCAGGGCAACAGCAAUUUGUACAACAGAUGCUGCAAGCCUUGUCUGUUGCUAAUCCGCAGGUCCAAAAUCCAGAAAUCAGAUUCCAGCAGCAGCUGGAGCAGCUCAGUGCAAUGGGUUUCCUAAACAGAGAAGCAAAUGUACAAGCAUUAAUAGCAACUGGAGGAGACAUCAAUGCAGCCAUCGAACGACUACUGGGAUCCCAACCUUCAUAGCAAUUCUUCCCAAUCAAGAAAAAAUGUAAUUUAUUUUUGAUAAUGGCUUUUAAGUCUCGAUAAAACACCUGCUUUAUUUCAGUUUGACUCUUGGAGUUCCUUGUCAUAACAAACUUAAUCUUGAAGCAUUUACAUCUGGAUGAAGUGCAGUAGUUUAUCAAACUGUGGGAAUCAAAGAUUUUUUUUCUUUUCUUUUUUUUUUUCCCCUUGGACUUGUUGCAUGUAGUACAGACCAUCUACUCCCCACACACUGCAUUUCUUGUGAUUUUUUUUUCCAGUGAAUAGCUUCUGCAGUUGGCUAACAGGUUUCAGCUAAACUUUUCAUCUGUUGAAGGGUAUUUGCUUUAAUCAAUAGCCUCUGGUAGUAAUUUAUGUAGACUACCUACAACACCGGAUGUCAAAUAGAAACGGUUAUAAUUAGUGAUACACUAUCGCUUUUUGUGACUUUAGCCUGUAUUUUUGCUAACAUAUUGCUGUACGAUUCAUACUGCUUGAGUUUCAUUUAACCUUCUGUUUUCCCGUCUGAUCACUUAUGUAAACAUGGAUGAUUUUGCUGCAGUCCAUUGACAGUAGUUCUAGCUGCACACCCACAGAAUAUGAAACUUGGUAUUUAGGUAAAUGUGGAAUAAUAGCAUUUACGAAAAGUCUGGUCAGAAAGGCAAUGUAGCUGCAAUAGUAAUAUUAUACAGUUAAAUAGAUUUUGGUUAGGAGAGAAGCUCUUAAAGCAUACUUUUCAUCUGCCAAUGUGAUAUUGUGGGUAUGAAACCAGAAGAGUUGGCUUUGAAUCUGUAAUUUCAGCACAGGAUUUUGAAGUAUUCCUAGCAUACCAUGAUAAAUUGAUGAACUUGUCGCCAUUUUCAGGGUUUUCUUGUUUUUGGUGUAAUUUUUACACCAGAUUCUAUCAUACCCUUUGGAUAAUCGGUUAGAAUAGAAACACACUCUGGAUGCUUCAAAAGCCUGCAUUGGCAGGAGAAAAAAAAGUUGUACAAUAAACGCUAUUUACAAAGUUUAUCGUUUCGCUGUGCUUUACAAUAUUAUGUUUGCCAGAAGUUUGCUAAACGUUUGAAUUGUGAUUUAAAGCUGAACUCCAAGCAGAUAUAUAUAUAUAAAAAAAAAUUAAUAUGAUCACAUAUUAAAAUCCUUAAAUGCGUUUUUAAAUGAUAGUGUAAUUACAUGAUUUUGUCUUUAAAUAUCAGACGUCUGCAAUGCCCUGCAUAGCAGCACUUAGUCUGUGAGAAUGAUGAUUGGCUCUCUGAACCAAUAAGACUCUUCCGCAGUGUGCAUGUGCUGAGGUGAGAGCAGAGUGCUGACUCCUUCGGGUCUAAGCAGGAGGUUGGGCUUUGUUGCUGCAGCUGUGGAGGCAAAAACCUACAGGGCCACUAGAUUGGCUUAUCAGAAUUACAAAUCCUUUGGCAAAUAAAAAAUUGCUAGUAUGUGCAGCUAUGUAUUUAGUUGCUUUCCUGAUUUUCAGCAGUGUUGGGCAAGCUGUAAACCCCCGACCGGUGAACCACUAGCUGCACAGUGAUGCAAGGUAUUCUGCCAAGGUUGGCACAUCCUCCGCAGCUGGGAGUCAGACAUUUGUUGAUACAUCGAAGAUCCUAAUCAUUAGUGAUGCAUUUUGAUGAGAUGAUCCUGGCAUUCUCUGUACACACUGCCAGAGAUCCUCAUGCUUCUAAAGUGCAAAUUAUAAGUUAGUAUUUACAAAGGUGAGUGACACUACGGUCCAGUUCUGUUAAUUGUGGCUUGAUUUCAGGAUGUGAGAAAGUGUCAUGUGAUCUAAUGAUUUUUAACCACAUUGUACAAAUAGAUAAUCUUGCAUUUUUAUCAGUAGUCAUCUCUCCUGUGCACAGGUAAUAAAUAAAUGCCAACAAUU